UACCUGGUAAUCCGUCAUCGGCGGCGGCGCUCUGCGAUGUACCUCUACCAACACACACGAAGAGCUAUGCGGUCGAACAAGGAGACAAACUGGGGGCCUUGUUCGCUUUAACUUCUCCUUGGUCCAACGCUUUGGCCGGGAGGAGCGUUCCGCGAAGGAUUCGAGCCAUUUUCACCGCGACAAGGAGGACUUCAGCGGGCUUGGAAGCAGCUCCGGGCUGGAUAUUUGCCCGACUUAAUUCCUCAGCCACAUCCGUAUUCCCAGCCAUCAUUGGGGACUGGAGUGACAAUGCUUGUUUAGAGCUUUUUGUACACGCUUUUAGGGGCCUUUUUCGCUAGUACCGCAUUGUAUUUUUUUUAAUUAACAACCCCGCCAUGGUGGACUCCCUGAGGAAGACUUUUGUCGUCCCUGAUAUCAAACCAUUGGAUUUAUAUGACUCCACUAAAGCGAAAAUAUGCUCAAGUGUCGCCUGGCUGUUGGCGAAGUCCUACGGCAGUGCAGAAAAUGUCCCGGCCGAGCUGCGAGACCCCUUCUACCGUGACCAGUAUGAGCAAGAACACCUUAAACCUCCCGUCUCCCGCCUCCUGCAGUCCUCGGAGCUUUAUUGCCGCACCUACAGCCUCUUGAUGUUCGGCACUGGCCGCACUGACCCACAGCCCAAAGACAACAUCGCUCUGCUGCAGCUGCUCGCCAACCGAAGCCUGGUCUCCAAAGAGCCUGACUUAGCAGUGACUGAUGCAGACCUGCAACAUAAACCCAUCAAAAUGAGUGCUCACCUGGCCGUGAUCGAUGCCCUGAUGGCCUUGGGAGCCUCGGAGACGGUGACGACGGUGAAGACAGGCGCUUCUCAAGCGCUCCUGGGUGGGACUUCAAGCUGGGAAGAUGCUCUACUGCACUGGGUAAACACGCUCAACCAGAAGCUGAGGGAACUAACGGAAGGAGCCCAAAGUGAACAAACACUCCAGGCCAUCACUGAGAGUGAGCCCCAACCUCUUCAACCUGCUUGUCCUACACGCUGGUACUGGAAACUAGUUCCUCUUCGCUACAGAAAGGAUAAAGUUCAGUCCAAACAGAAACCGAUUUUCCCGGUGGUGAAUGAAGUCCGAGACCUAUCUAAUGGCUGUGCUAUCGCUGCUGUUCUGCAUUACUACUGCCCCGGCCUGCUACGACUUGAAGAUGUUUGCAUGAAGGAGACCAUGUCGGCCACUGACAGCUUGUACAACCUGCAGUUCAUCCGUGAGUUCUGUGACAGCUGCCUGAAGAGCUGCUGCCACUUGGCCCUGGAGGAUUUGCUGUAUUCGCCAGAAGCGUUUCAGGUCAACAUUCUGAGCUUUCUAGCAGAGCUGCUCCACUGGUUUGAAGUACAAAGGCCAGACUUUGUUCAACCAGUGGACAGAUUAGAUGGCUCCGCACCAUCGACGCCACGGGGUGUCAGCAACAAUGGCACUUCUCCUUCUAUCUUAAAGAAGCCCUUCCUCCCAAUUUCCUCCCCUGCAUCAGGGUGUUUGAAUCAGUCUACCUCAAUGUCUCAUUUAGAAGGAGUUGGAAAGACGCGGAGCAAGAAAAGCCGCCCCCUGUCAGCGGUAUCCUUCAGCAUUCCUUUCGGCUUGGACAGCGACGUGGACAUUGUGAUGGGCAACCCUGUGAUAACGCGAUCCGCGAGCUCAGACCAGCUUCAUCCAACAAGCCCAAAUGUGACUCGGUCGCCCUUCACACCUCCUGUGCACCUGAGCAAACCGACUGCUUCGAAUGGCGUCCACAGAGCUUCCUGGUCAACCCAGAGUCCCGAUCAACCAAUAUCAGCGGAGAAUGGCAUCGGUGCGACUGAAACGGGAGAGCUACCGACCAUCGAAGAGGCCCUUCAGAUCAUUCAUAAUGAAAGAAAGAUGGAACCUCGCUUACAUCCCGACGGUGCUCCAGACGGUUUCUACCUCCACUCUCCGGACAACACCGCCAGUGUAGGACAUCACAGAAAGUCUACGCCCGUCAGUCGCUCUGCGCCGACGCACUCAGGAAUGAUGCAUCGGCCUGCGAGGGAGUCCAAAGAGCCCCCGCGAACCAGAAAUACUUCUGAAUGUUCACGUGAUGACGACUCGGUCUUAAGAGACGGCAGCGUGGACUCGGAUGCGUCGGAGGACACACCGCGGGCUCAGUCCGUGCCAGGCACACCUGGAACCAGCUCCCAGUUGGAUAAACACAGUAGUAAGGAGGGAUUGGACAGUGGCGUGAAGAUGACCAGCUUUGCGGAACGCAAAAAGAAGCAAAGUGGAGACUCUCGCAAAACCAGUGAGCCAACUGUUCCCCAUGCGACCACGUGGGAUGUGAAAUUUGAAGACAGCCCCGGUAAGAGCCCUCAGCUCACUAACGAAAUGUCAGAGCUCGGGGUUCGUCUGGAGGAAAAGCGGCGGGCUAUUGAAGCCCAGAAGAAGCGCAUCGAGGCCAUCUUUGCCAAGCAUCGGCAAAAAGUGGGCAAGAGUGCCUUUCUACAGCUGAAGAAAGAGGAGCACAUGGAGGAUGGCGAGGCGAAAGGAGGCCAGGUCAGCACUUCCUCCACUGAGGAAGACCUCGCUCGGUUGACGCUUGAGGAACGACUGGCAAGCGUGGAGAAUGAGGAGCAGCCCGUGUCAGUGGAGCAUGAAAGUCACGUCAAAGGGGGACACGGGCUCACCAAAGAGAAAGCGAGUACGCCUGGUGAAAAAGCAGCAGCGCCACUCGGGGAAUAUAACAACGCCGUAUCCAAGCUGACCGCAGCUCUCACGUCGCUUCAAAGUGACAUGCAACGGCUCGCCGAGCAGCAGAACCAACUCGUUCAGAAAAAAGCUGCCGGCAACAAAUCCUGGGUUACCAGCCCCAAGACCUCCACCCAGUCCCCCUCCUCUGCACGCCUCUCACAGGAAUCCACCCGGGACUUUAAUUCAGCCUCCCCGUCGCCAUCCCGCAAGCUCACAAACCACAUUAUCCCUCCAAAGUCUCCUCAAGUGGCCCAUCGUAGAACUCAGUCCGUGCCCCCUAAGAGCCCCAAACACGGUCGGCCCUCUGAAGGAAGACUCCCGGCUCUAUCGAGGGUCAUUAAUACACCGCAAAGUGUCGACCGCAUUCCGCACCUUCGUCGCGUGAACCCCUCGCAAUAUCAAAUCCAGACUUCCGCCACGUUCUCCAUCGGUGACUCUGAAAGCUUUGAUGAACUGCGCUCUUUGGCAACCACGCCCGUUUCCACAGCGACGCUCACCCCCGGGUCGACGCCCACCCCGACUCCGCGUCUCCCCGCGGAGGACGCUCUGUCCGAAGCUGGUUCCAAUGACUAUGAAAGUAUAUUCAGCUCGGACAUGGAACCGAGACCCUCUCACGCAAACAGGAAGGAGGGAGCGGCGGGAGGGGGCUCCAGCUCCGGUGCCCCGUCGGAGUGUUCCUUUGAGAGUGACGCCCCGCCCGCAGUCGUGAACUGCAAACAGAGUAGCCUCAUCGAGAUCUCUCUGUCUUCCCUGCAAGGAGAUGAUGCAGAGGAGGAAGAACAAGUUCCCGAUCCUUUCGCAGACUCGCCAGAGGCGAAAGCAGGGGUCGGCUUCUUCUUCAAGGAUGACAAGGAGCGAACUGAGGACGAGAUGGCACAGAGGAGAGCUGCCUUGCUGGAGAAACAGCAGAAGAGAACAGAGGAGAUGAAGAGACGCAAGCAGGAGCAGGAAAAAGAAUCCAACAAGCCCCAGUGGAUGGUCAUCGAAGGUUGGGGCAAUAAGGGUGAGGACAAGCCUCAGACCCCCGGGACUCCUCCGGCAUCGCAUACACCUCCAGCCGAGGGAACCCCGCAGCGCAGGGGAGAAUUCACGCGGCAGGAAUAUGAGCGCAGACAGCAGCUGAAGAUCAUGGAGGACCUAGACAAGGUGCUCAGGCAGAAGCCCACCACGGUGCGCGGUGUGAAGAAGCAGAGACCCAAGACCGUCUUCAGGGACGACUCGGCCCUCGCACAUAGCCCAGUCAAGGGUCUCCUGGGAAGCAGGCUGAACAAAGUGUACUCCCACUCGACCAUGAACUUGUCCUCCAUGGCGAAUGACUCUGGAGGCUUGACUGUCAGGAGAUCUACCAGUCGUUCCCAUUCUCCCUCCCGGCUCAUGUCGCCAAGACGAAUGAGUGCUCACAACGGUGACAGGGAAUGGGAAAACGGCUCCACGGUUUCCUCCAAUACCUCCAUCCCAGAGUACACAGGACCAAAGCUAUAUAAGGAGCCAAGCUUCAAGUCCAACAAGUUCAUCAUCCAUAAUGCUAUCUCCCGCUGCUGUCUGGCCGGCAAGGUCAACGAACCUCAGAAAAACAAGAUUGUAGAGGAAAUGGAGAAGAGCACGGCCAACCAUUUCCUCAUCCUCUUCAGGGACUCCAGUUGCCAGUUCAGGGCAGUGUACACCAUGAACCCCGAAACAGAAGAGAUGUCACGGCUCACCGGCAUCGGGCCGCGCGUCAUCACGCUAGACAUGGUGGAGUCCAUCUAUAAGUACAGCUCCGACCGCAAGCAGUUCACCGCCAUCCCGUCCAAGACCAUGUCCAUGAGCGUGGAUGCCAUCACCAUCCCCGGACACUUCUGGCAAAAGCGCCCGGGAACUCCCAAGAAGCUCAGCACCCCAAAAUGAACAUACUAUUGCUAUUCAGGUUUUCUAUUCUGGCCAGUCUGGGGAACUACUUCUUGCUUAUUUUUUCGAGAUUAGUAGCAGACAAAUGGAGUGACUGAGGACCAUGAGAACAAUCAACACUAUGUGCCAAGAAAAUGGAUGAAUCCUAUUGAUUGCUUCCCUGCUCAGAGCUCCCAGAAUGAUGAUUGUAUGCGGGGAGAGGAAAAAAAAAAAACCCUCAAUUUUCUUGACUGGGGCCAUUCCGUGGCUUUCCUCGCCUCCUUUAUCUAUUUUGCCUUUCCCUGGCCCAAGACUCAGAUGAGACAACUUCACUGCCUUGCCUUCGUGCGACAGUAUUUAGGGCCGGAGAAAUUCCCACGCCUCUCCUUCCGGCUUCCCUUUUUUUUUUUGCUGCCUUUUCUUGUCCUCUCUAGGCCUCAAUCACUACAGAGAUGACUGAAGCAGGAGGUCACAUCUGGAAAAGACGGCUCUCUUAUGAAUGUGGGGCAUGCGCAACCAUGGAAGUGGUGUGCGUUUGAUUCCGCCGCCUGUGCACUCGACUCGUUCUGCUGUAAGACAUCUGGAUGUUAAUUUUUUACUCAUGUUUGCUGGAAGACUUUUCCUCGAUUGACACGUGGUGCGCUUAUCCGGAGAAACACAACUGGAAAGAAAACAAUGCAGGAGGGCUAGUGUUUGUACUCUGCUAACCAAUGCUGAUUUGACACAUAAUGAAUGCUGAUCACUUUUCUUUUCAAGGAUAAUUUGCUUCAAAAUAAAAGCUGCAUAUUUCCCUUUUGUAAGAUCGGAAUAAGCUAGUCUGCUGCUUUAGUGUUGGUUAUUUGUGUGGUUGGGAUCAAAUGUGUGUGAGAGAGAAAGUUUUUGUUGCUGGGGAGAUUGUGAAUUUCCAUCAAUUUAUUCCCUUCUUGUUUGUCCAGGCUUCUUGAUGAAGGAUUAUUCUGGACUGUAGCAGCCCUAAAUCUAUGCUACUCAGUCUAUUUAGACCCCUUCAUGUAAAACUUGGGCAAUGUAAAAUGGCCAAACUUUUUACGAUAAGAAUUGUAGUUGCCAGUGAUGGAGUUGCCAUGGUAAAUUUACCCCCAUUAUACCCGCCUCUUAAAAAUCACUGGCUGCCUCCAACGUGUGUUAAUAUGAAUGACAUUUGAAUACUGAUGUGAAGACAGGAAAAUUAAAAAAAAAAUGUGUGCACAUGGACAAUGGAUGUGUGUAUUUAUUUGUUUAUCAAGAGUAGUAUGUGGUUAUGCAAAAACUUUAUUUUGAUUCUGUGCAAUCCUCCCUCCCUAAAAUCCUUGGCACCUUGUGGGGGGGGGGUCUAUUUAUUUAGUGUGCUCAAGACUGGAUGUUUAAUUUCAGGUUCUACUAAUGUACUUUUGUCGGUUCGGGUAGUGUUUCUCCCCCCACGCCCCCUCUCCUUAAGGUGUCAUGACACGCGUUUUUGUUUUUCCGUCAUGAAAUCUGUGCCAGUACGUGUGCUUAUUUCAUUCAUCGACUGUCCUUGGCAUCUAGACCAGAAUAAAAAUCAUUUUAAAAA